AUGAGCAGCAGUCUCGCCGCGCAACUCGCGCAGAGCGCGUCGCUCAACAGCGCGCAACUACUAGAGCGCACCCGCAAAAAGCCGACCGAGUCGUACCUGUUCAGCGGCCGGGACGCGAACCAGCACGACCUCGAAUCUUUACAAGCUCUCGCGUCUUCUGCAUUCUCCCAGCUCAAGGCUCUCAACCCGUCUCUGUCCGCAUACGAGGAUGCGCUGCUGUCAGAUGCGUCGAGGCUGACGGACCGCACGUUGCUGCCGACGGAGGCACGCGAGGAGUUGGACGGCCAGCUGAGGGAGUUUCUGCCUAGGCUGGGCAAGCACUUGAUGGAGGUCCCUACUGGCCGAGUAGUCGAGUGGCUCGUGCGACGAUUCAGAGUGCACGAGUUCAAUGUGCAAGACGUUCUGGCACUAUUCCUGCCAUACCAUGACUCGCCACACUUCACCAAGAUGUGUUCCAUACUCCACGUCCAGAGCUCCGUCUGGGCCUUUCUGUCGAGCUAUGGCCAGGCGAAUGUCACGUUGAGGAGAGGCGCGCUCGUUGAACAGAUGCGGAAGAACCCGGACGUGGCUAGAUUUGUCGUGGGAUUGUUGCCAAAGGCGCUGCAGGGAGGAUAUGCGCAUAGGACCCUUGUGGGAUUCCAUACUGGAGUGUUGUUCGAGUACCUGGAAGGAAGCAAGACUAUGGACGCAAACUCUACCGCUAUCGUUUUGCCACCCAUCGUAGACUGUAUCAAAGCCGUCAGCAACAGCAAGGACGCUCUUGCCAAGGACGUCGUAUUGUCCAGCUACCUCCUACUCUCAUCCUUCUCCUCUAAAUCCCAUCUCACACCUCAAGCCAUAUCCGCUCUUCUCAACUCUCUCACAUCCGGAGCAAACCGCGUAACAUCCCAACAAUACGUCGCCGCCCUUCUCUCCGUCCUCGUCCCGCAAGACAUCCAACCCACUCUACCUCCAUCCGUCAUCAAGAAGCUCGCAGGACUGGACGACGCGCCAGAAGUACUCGUCCAGAUACUGGGCUACGCCAACUCUGAAAAGUUGAUCUUCCCGCUCGCGACGCAUCUUGUGGAAAGUCAGACGGACGAGCAGAGUCAUGCGAUACUCAAGGCGGUAGUGUCUGCACCUGAAGUACCGGCGACAAUCGUCGUUCAUAUUGCCACUCUGCUGCUCAAAAGGGCGAUAGAUGGCAGUGGCAACUUAGACCUGCUCCGGGAUAUCAGGCAGCGACACGGUGACGCGCUCGAGCGCGCUGCGCGCGAUGUCGAAGGGGAUGAGGAGGAUGUUCAGGCGCUGUUGCUGUCGCUCGCACAGACGAACGGUCAGGACGCGACUCUUGCGACUAUGGAUACGCAGGAUACAGUACGUGCAGCGGCUGUUGCGGACAUCUACAAGCGUCUGGACAAGGCCAGCGCAGAGGAUACGCCCACCUUGCACAACGCGCUCCUCUCCCGCCUCACAGACCCCUCACCCGAAGUCCUCCGGGCGCUCUACUCAACCCCUCAAAAGCUCGCGCUGAUAGUCCUCUCAGACCUUCCGAAGUACAUCUCGAGCCUGGCCGAGCUCUUUCCAAACGCCGACCCUGACACGCUUAAACUUCAUCUCGGCUUCCUGUUCUCCCACGUCGGACCCGGGUGCACAGAGGACGCAGCUCAAGACAUCUUUGGCCGUCUUUUCUUCCCUCUCUUGCUCUUCAGCCGCGAUAGGCGUAAAGCCGAUAUCGCAUGGGACGCCAUCUCCUCUGCUUCCGAGUCCGGCACUGGUUUACUAGCCCAUCCGAUGCUUGCGGGGUGCGUCGAGGUGCUGGAGGAGGUCAAGGCGCCGCUGUUCGCGAGAACGAAGAAGCAGAAGAAUAAGCCGUUGGAGAAGGGCGAAGUAGCUCCUAUGGGCGCGGUGGAUGUCGCGCUUGCUUCGCGUAUGGCCGACAAUCUGAUGCUGCUCAACGAUGCUUCUCCGCAUGUCUCCUUCCUCCUGGAAACGCUCUCAUCCUCAAGCCCACACGCCCGCGCCCUCUCCUCACUCGUUCUACGAGCCUACAUUGGACGUCUCUCCGGCGCCUCCCAAAUCGCAAUGGCUCACCGCACAAUCGAUGCACUCUCUCCCGGUUUCUCGCUCACAGCGCUGGACGAGUUCGCCGAUGUGAAUGCGAUGCUGAACGAUGAGGGAUUGGGAGGGAUCGUCAGUGCGAAGGUCAAGAGUGAUGUGGCGAGGGCGUGGUUGGGCGCUAGUCUAUUAGCUACUUGUGCUGCAGUGCUCAGGCCCGCGGGCGCGAUCUCGUUCAUUGGAUCUUCUAACGCCUACGCAUCCCUCGCACUUUCAACCUACACCCUCCUCAACACCUCACGAGCACCACCAACCGUAUCAUCCCACAUCCUCCGCACGCUUUUCGCGCGCCUAGGAGCCGAUGCGCUCGCCCUCCUAGCCGGUGUCUGGCUCAGCAGCACCGACUCCAAACUCCAACACACAGCCUUAGCGCACGCCUACGCCUACCUCAUCGCGCACGCGCCGCCCUCAUCCGACUCUGAUGUCAACACAAGCGCAAGCGUAAUCGACUUCCAAACCAUCCUGCCCUCCCUCCUCAUUGUCCUCUCAUCGCCACACAAACCCGUCCGCCUCGCCGCAUCGCACAGCCUCGCUGCGCUCAACGCCAUCUGCGCGCCCUCAACCUCCGCUUCGGGCGUGUAUGCGUUCGAUAGCGUGUAUGGGGAGAGGAGCGACGAGCUGCAGUAUUUGGAUUGGGCGGAUGUGAAGGCGUUGGUGGGGAGCCUUUGUGAGGAGAGGGUGAAGUUUGGGGAGGAUGGGGAGGGGGUUAGGAGGUUUCUGGGUGAGGUGUGCGGGGGGAGGGAGGGGAGGGUUAAGAAGAAGCUUGACUAUAAGCAAAAAGUCCUUGUAUACCUCCUCUCGCACGCCGUCGCGUGCCCUUCCGCAUCCGCGAGGCUCACGCUCUUGAGGCUUACUCAGCCUGUGAGGAGCGUGUUGAAGGCGCGGACGUUGAAGGGACUGCUGGAAGAGAUCGCGGAGGGCAAGGAGCGUGAUGAGAAGGUUAUGACGCUCGCUGUGGAUUGCCUCGAUGCGAGCUGCGUGGGCGAUCUCGAGGAGGAUGAGAUGUGGAGUGUGCUCGCGAAGUUAUUGAAGGCGUUCGUACGCGAAGACGCAGCAAAAGAACCUCGCGACGUCCUCCUCGCCAACCUCCAAUCCUUCGCCCCGUCCCUUUCGGCCGACCGCCGCUUCGACCUCUCCCGCACCCUCCUCACCCUCGGCUCAACCGAAUCCGAACUAUCCCUCCUCCGACCCGUCCUCGAAACGCUCUUCACCGACGCCCGCCUCGUCAUCCGCCUCCUCUCAACCCUCCAGCCACCCAUCCCCGAGACCGUCACCCGCGCUUCGAAGCGUGCGAAAGUUGAUGCCGCACAAGCGCCGGUGGGAGGAGAGGUCGAAGGGGAGAUGGCAGAGCUCAGCGCGUUCGCGGACGUUCUGGGCAACGCGCCGCUCGCCGGAUCCACAGAGCUCCUCAGCGCACUCCUCGAGACCCUCGGCCGCAUCGUCAAAUCUGACCUCUCCAAAUCCGGUCUAAGCCGCUCCGACGCCGUAUACAUGCAACAGCGCCUAAUGUCCGCUCUCGAGCGCUCCGCCUCGUCCAUAUCCGGCCCCGUGUCCGUAUCCGCGAGCGCGCUGAGGGUCGAUGUGCUGGUGGAUAUCAUACGGUCGUCGGAUGCGCCGCAGACGUCUCAUCAAGCCUUGUUGCUGCUGGGGGGGUUGGCGCGGUUGGCGCCGGAGAGUGUGUUGGUGAAUGUUAUGCCUGUGUUCACGUUUAUGGGGAGUAAUGUGCUGGGGAGGGACGACUCGUAUAGCUUUAGGGUUAUCCAGAAGACCGUGGACAGCAUUGUACCAGUCAUGGUUGAGGACCUCAAGGCGAAGUAUACGGGGAAGCUGGACCUCGCGAUUGGUGCAAGGGACUUCGUGAGGGUAUUCACGGACGCGGCGAAUCAUAUCCCUCGGCACAGACGGACGCAGUUCUUCAUGCACCUCACGGAUGUCCUUGGACCGUCCGACUUCCUCGGACUCGUCUGUAUGCUCUUCAUCUCGAAAACAGCGAACAAGGUCGUCCGUCAAAAUUCGGACGAUCUGCUCGCUACGCUGGCGCUUCCACUGGCGUUGGUUGAUCACUACGAUGCGGAGACGCAAAGAGCAGUACUGAAGGAUGUGCUCGAGGAAGCGAGUAGACUGGUGCAAGCUGCGGUACAGCCUGAGGGCGAACACCGUGUUGUACUGGACACGACGCACGACGACGAACAGAACUCGCAGUCCGCCACUCUUCUUCGCAAGCGCGCACAGGCUUUGCUCGUCUUCGUCGGAUGCGCCGUCGAACGCUCUUCGUCGCUCUACACGGACGACGCAGCAUCGACGGACGCCGUCAACGAGCUCUUGUCGUCAUUGCUCGAUCUGGCGCAGAGCAGCGGGAAGGAGGACGGACUGAAGGCGAUCCGCGCGGCUGCUCAGACCGCCAUCGGUCAAGCUCUGCGCGUCGUACCCGCAACAUCAUUCAUCGCUGCGGUUGGCACCAUCCUUGAUGUUCCCAAACCGCGCGUGCAGCUCGAGGCGCUCAGUCUGCUCACGGAGCGUAUCAGCCUUGUCGCGGACGAAGCGCGCAAGGCGGCGAAGGAGGAUCUCGAGAAAAUCGUGGGACACCUCAAAGUCAUGCUGGCGGAGGAAGUGCAAGGGAAGAAGGCGAAGGAGCUGGUUCCGGCUGCGCUCGGCAGUUUGAGGGCCGUUGCUGCGAGCGCGAUACCGGGCGAGGAGAACGCGCUCGUGGAGGCUGUCCCGCUCGUCAUCAACCAGGCGAAGGAGCGCGAUCAUGUUGGCGAGGCCGUCGCGGCGCUCGUGCCGCUUUGCUCGACGCUAGGUCCCAGGAUCAUACCUCACUUCCGCGAUGUAGUACGCGAGUGCCUUGCGCUUCUUCGUUCCGACGAGCUCGAAGGAAGCGUUCACGGCGAUGCAUUGGCGGUGCUGCGCGCGCUGUUCGGCUCGAUACCGAGCUUCUGGUCCGGCUCGCAACUCACGGCGCUCUUCGCGCUCUACAUCGACCGGUCUGAGCUCGACGGUCUCCGCGCCUUCGUCCGGCAGAUCGCAAGCAAAGCUCAAGCAUCCGUUCUCUUCCCCGCUCUGUUCGACGUCUGGUCACAACUCAGCAAGGAGGACGAAGGUCAAGACGCGGAGCAGUGCGCGACAUACUUCGAGCUGGCGAAACGCGUGUUCCGCGCUGCGCAGAGGCCGGCUGUGCUCGAACAUCUCAGGGCCGCUUUCGGAGUGUUGCUUGCCGGUCUUGAUCUGAGGGGCAAGUUGGGCGAGGAGGAUGUGGAUGAGGUCGAGGAUGCUGUUGUGGGCGCAUUCGUCGAGCUCACUACGAAGUUGAACGAGACGGCGUUCAGGCCGCUGUUCAGGCGGUUAUUCGACUGGGCGUUCGGCGACGAUGGCUCAUCAAACCGCAAGGUCGCCUUCCUCCACGCCUACUCGGCGCUGCUCGACAACUUCAAAGCCCUCAUGACGCCCUACCUCUCCAUCGUCCUUGAACCUCUCCUCUCGGUCCUCGACGCUUUCAUUGGCGAAAGCGAGGAUGAAGAGGAGGACGGCUCGCUCUGGGCCGCGGCGCUCGAUGUACUCGCCAAGAGUCUCACCGUCGAUGAGGGCGCGUUCUGGCGCGCUGAUAAGCUUGCGAAGACGCUUCCGCGCGUGGUUGCGCAGACGCCUGUCGCUGCUGAGCUUGGGGAAGACGGAGAGGCUGCGCUCGCUGCCGCUCUAUCUGCGCUGUGCGGUGCACUAGCGGAUGAUGCGCAGGUCAAGUCGCUCAACCUCUCUUUGCUCAUGCACACGCGCGACGAAGAGGCCCGUGUCCGCCUCUGCGCGUUGAGGGUCGCGGCCGGUCUUUGGUCUGAGCACGGGGACCAACUCAUGGGCUUCACGAGCGAGACUGCGACAUUCGUUGAGGAGUGCGCGGAGGAUGAGAAUGAUGAGGUCGUCAGGGGUGCGAGGAAGUUAAAGGAGGUUGUCGAGAGGGCGACUGGGGAGAAGAUGGAUGUGUGA